AUGAAGACCAACAACUCCGUCCUCUUCGGGCUCAUUGCCUCAGCCAGCACUGCAGUGGCCCAGAUCGUUAACUGCGAUGGAAAUCAGUCUCCAGACUGGGAUGAUUGUGACACCAUCUUCUCAAUCAACAGGCCCUUGGUUGAGGAGAUUCCAUCAUUCUACCCAGACUGCACCGCGUACCCCGUCCCAGCUGGCGUAGAUCCAGACACUCUGAACUGUCAAGUCCGCUGGUGCCCUACCAGCGCGGAGAGUCGCACUUCCUACAGCAGCACUGGCGGAGACUACAAUCUUAUCAGCAUCAACUGUAAGCCAGCUGGCGGAGGAGCCGAUGGUAUCCGUGACACCUACAGGCUCGAGGUCACCAACAACCCAGCAUACGAGCCAUCGUCGAAGCGUAAAGGCCGCCGGGCCCUUGCCGAGGCUGUCAAGGACAAGCGACAGGCUGAGAGUGACACUGGCUUCACCCUGGUGACCUCAUCACGCAGCGUCGAAAGAGACGGCUUCCAAAUCACCGGCGGUCUCACCGCCGGCUCCAUGUACACGGUCCAACAGACCGACGGGAAGUCCACCAGCACCACCGUCAGCGCCAGCGUCGGUGCCGGCUUUUUUGAGUUCUUUUCUGCUUCCGUCGGCACUGAAGUUACGUCGGAGACGUCGCAGGAAAACACUGUUGGCAUUACCGUCAACAUCCCUUGCGAUUCAGACCAGCGUGGCCAGGUCUUCUGGUACCCAUUGUACGACGUAUACAGCGGCUUCACUACUCCAUCCAACACCAAUGUGGAGGUUGUUGUCCCACAGCAGAACGAUGUCAGCGCCUCGAACUACAGAGUCAAGUGCAUCAACUGA